AUGGCUUUCCAUUCAGGUCAGUCUCCCAUCUGGCUUUCCAUUUCUCUCUAACAGCAUUUCACAGCCAUUGCGCCCGACAGUCCCCCAUUGGCCUGGUUUGGUGGGCUUCUCCUUCAGAAUUGUUUUUCUUCUUCGGCAAGCUUUGGGGUUGCUCCAGAUCUACUGCUACCUCUUGCAGGGGUGGGGCCAUUUGAACACCAGAAACCAUUAAUGAAGAUUGUUUAUUUUGCUGCUUGAAGUUGCCCCAAUAUUGUGCCUCAUUCAGCCUACUAUUAAUAAGACUGCCUCAAGGGAAAUCUUUAAAAAUGUAGUAUAAACACCGACAAAUGGGAAACACUUGCCUGUGAGUGUUCCAAUUGGAGAACAGCCUUUUCUAAAGCUGUCAUGGGCUUUGAAGACACUCAGACUCAGGACGCAAGGGAGAAACAUGCCAAGAGGAAGGCACACUUGGCAAACCCUCACCGUGAUCAACUCCUGCCCAGAAACCAAUGUCCCCACUGGAAGGAUGUGUGAAUCCAGAACUGGCCUCCACAGUCACUUACGGACUCAUUGUUAAAGCCGUGUUUAUGGAAGACAAUCUUACUCUGCUACGAGUGAUCGUUAAAGAAAAAGAAGAUGAUUAAUAAUAAAAAUAAAUAAAUAAUGAAUACUAAUGUUCAAUGGCAGCUUAGCCUCACAGAGUGGUUGCAAUCCAUAGCUUGUUUUUAGAGUCUGCUAGCCUGGUUUCAGUAACUCGUAAUAUGUUUUUAAUAAUAAAUAAUAAAUUACAGUUAAUAAGUUACGGAUUGCAACAGCCCCGUGAGAGGCUAUGCCACUGAGCAGCAGUAGGUGUGGGAUUGUUAAUAAUAAUAAUUUAUUUCUAUGCUGCCCACCUGACUAGGUUGCCCCAGCCAUUCUGGGCAGCCUCUAACAAUCAAAACAUUAAGCACAGUAAAACAUCGAACAUUAAAAACGUCCCUGUGGGCUGUUCCUUCCAACCCUAUAAUUCUAUGCUUCUAUGAAUAAGGGAGGCAGGGAGAGAAGGGAUUCAGUCCUUUGCCCAGUGCCACUCUGCAAGCAGCAGAGAAGGCGCCAGGUUUUUUCCCCCAACCUGCAGGAGGACAUCCACUUUGAUGCUGAUCCCAAAUGUGAAACUUACUGGAGCAGCAGACGCAGUGGCGUAGCGUGGGGGGUGCAGGGGGGGCCGGCCGCACCGGGCGCAACAUCUGGGGGCGCGCGCUCGCACCCUAAUCUAGUGGAAGAGACUCGAGUGCUAAAAUCCACGGGUUAGGGGGCGCAAAUUACUUGCCUUGCCCCGGGUGCUGACAACCCACGCUACGCCACUGAGCAGACGUCACCCUGCCCGCCCUCCUUGUAAAAUUGAAACUGGGUGUUGUGGCAAAUUGGUACCUUGGUUGCCACAGUUGAUGAGAGGGAAACAAAGGCCGCCCCCUUCUCCCUUUGGCGAAGCUUUUCCUUCUGUGAAUUUGGCAACAGGCAGCGAAAGAUCCGGCUGAGCUUUGAUGGCGUGGGUUUCAAAGAAGGUGCUCCAGCUUCUUCCUCGCAAUGAGAAACAGGUGCCUGCCCAUCUUGUGUAGGCUGAAUGGCAGCUUGCUGGCAUGUCUGUUCCUGUCUAGUUGCACCUGCUGAGCAGCUGCCUCUCCUUAAAAAAGAGAGAGAGAAUAGGGUUGGUGGUGAAAGGAGACAGGCACACACCAGACGGGUUGCUUGCUUGCUUGAAGCAUCCCCAUGUUGCCUUUUGGGUCAGAUUGCGCGGGGGGUGCCUUUUCAAACCGCUCUUCCUUCGCGUGCACGCGGGCGCGCGGCGGAGGUGCGGGGUCUCUGCGUUGUAACAUUUACCUCCCAGCUCUCCUGCAAGGAGCUACAGGUGGUUCUUCUAUCCCUUCCCCCAUUUUAUCCUCGCAGCAGCUCUGCCGGUUGGUUAGCGGGCAAGCACCCAGCGAGAUGCGCGGGGAUGCUAGCCUUGCUCUCCCCCAGGCCCGACAGUCCAACACCUUCAGCCGCUGUUACGCCACCCUGGGCCACCGGGGCCUUAGCUUCCAUCUCCUUCUCCUAGAAAUUGAACCAACCAGCCGAGCCCAGGACUUACUGGCUUAAAAAAAUGUGGGGGCGGGGGGGCGGGAGAAAUCCCACCACGUUCUUCUGUUAGACGGCGAGGGUCCAACCACGCGCGGAGCUGUGCGUCUUGCGCACCCCUUGGAGACUGGAGAGGUACCCAAAGCGGUGCAAUUUUACGCGCUUACCCGGAAGCAAGCCCCACGGGACCCUGUCCCGUCAAUUCCCUCAGAGGGCCGCAGAGGGGCCAACUCUUAGGGGCCCAAGGUCCAAGCCCCUCAAUAAAAUAUUCGAGGGGGCUGGGCCUCCCCGAAAUUGAUGGGUAUUGCCAUUCAAAAAUAAUGUGUGUGUCCGGGUCUUGCGAUCCAUUAUGUAGGGCAGGGCUUACCUGGACACACCCCCCCAUAUGUUAUUCAAUUGGCACUCCUGGAGAGGGCCCACUCCCCCCUGCUGGGCCAGAGGGACCCCAUCUUGGCUUCUGGGCUUAGGCGGAGAGCAGGCAGGGCCGCCUCUGAAAGGCGGCGAGGCCUUGCCUCCCGCUGCCGGUAGGAGUGCCUCCCGUGGGCCGAGCCCCGCCCCGCCCCGCCUGUUCUCCCCGCCGCCCGGGGCGGGAAGCGCAAGGCAAGAGAUGGGACAGGACCAGAGCCAGCCCAGCCACCAGACGAGGCACCGGGGAGCACCAGACGGACGCCAGGGACCCCGCUUCCGCGGGCGGGCAAGGUGGGCAAAGAGAGUCCCGGGAGGAUGGGGGUGGGUUGUGGGCUUUUCUCCUUGGGGUUUUCCCUGCUGCGUUGUCCUCACCCCACCCCACCCCGCCACCUCCAUCCCACGACUCUAAGGGACGCGUUUACGCAUUAGCACCCUCUUCCCCCUUCGCUUCAAUGUUAACUCAUCUCCCAGGGGCGCUUCCAGGCCGGGAAGAUGGGGGGGGGGGCUGGGCUCAAUGUUUGUUGUUGUUUAGUCGUGUCCGACUCUUCGUGACCCCAUGGACCAGAGCAUGCCAGGCACUCCUGUCUUCCACUGCCUCCCGCAGUUUCUUCAUAGCUUCGAGAACACUGUCCAACCAUCUCGUCCUCUGCCGUCCCCUUCUCCUUGUGCCUUCCAUCUUUCCCAACAUCAGGAUCUUUUCCAGGGAGUCUUCUCUUCUCAUGAGGUGGCCAAAGUAUUGGAGCCUCAGCUUCAGGAUCUGUCCUUCCAGUGAGCACUCAGGGCUGAUUUCCUUCAGAAUGGAUAGGUUUGAUCUUCUUGCAGUCCAUGGGACUCUCAAGAGUCUGCUCCAGCACCAUAAUUCAAAAGCGUGCUUUGCAAUAUUUCAGCGAUCGCAAACAGGACCUUGGUGGCAGGUUUGGCUUUUUCUAGUUCGCGUGACAGGUGUGCGCAGAGGUUGUACGAUGACGCCGUCGAGUGAUGGUCCUUUCUGGCUUGCUUGCGGGCCGGAAGGCUCUGUGACCUCGCCUCCAGCAGUUGACACCCCAUCUUUCCCUUUCCCCUCGCUUCCCACCAAGGACGCUUCCUGGGUAGGAUCUAAUCACUGCCUGGCAAAUGUAGCUACGAGUCUUUUAAUCGUUUGUCGUGGGUUCGAGCCCUGCGUUGGGUGAAAGGUCCCUGCGUUGCGGGGGGUUGGACUAGAUGACUCUUGGGGUCUCUGGAGACUCUACAGUGCUGUGAUUCUAAAUUCUGGUUGUGCAACUGCCCUUGAUGCGGAGGCCUUGUGCAAUAAAUAAACCAGUUGCCCUGAAAGAUUUGGUGAUUACAACAGGGAUGUGGAAAUGCGCUUGGUAAUGCAAUGGAGGUGACUGUUGCUUGGCUCAGCUUCUUUAUCUAAUCCCCUGGCAAACAAAGCAAGUAUGGAUGCUCUACCAUCUUUGGGUAGCUGAAAAAUUGUGCAACCCUGCUCUUGUGCUACCCAGGAGAAGGAGAUGAAUAUGGAGGCAGCAGACACUGCUCCUGCAGCAGCCACCUCUGCUCCUUGCUUGCCUGCGCAGCACAGGCAGGGCUACAGAGGCAGUGUGGUGCAGUGGUUAAAAUGUUGGACCCAGGACCUGGGAGGCAAAGGUCCAAAUUCCUACUCAGCCGUGAAAUCCACCAGGUGACCUUGGGCUGUCUCUCGGUCCAAACUACCUUACAGGGUUGUUUUGAGGAUAAAACUGGGGAGGGGAAGAACUGUGUACGGCGCCCUCAGCUCCUUGGAGGAAAGGCAGGAUGAAAAUGUGAGGAUAAUUAUAAGAAAGGCCAGCUGGGAGUUGGAACAGCAGCAGCAGCAGCAGCAGCUGUUCUCACCUGUCAGCUCCCUCUGGCCAAGAACACUGGGUCCAUCUCAUUCUGAGAGUCUGUGGCGGAGUGAAUGGAGGCAGCUGCUUCUUUGAACAGCCACUUACCUGCUUAGGGUAGGAGAUGGUGCUGCUGGUUUGCUGGGAGGAAGGGCGCAGUGACCCAGUGGCAACUAGGCAAGAUUUGGUGCCAGCAGUUGCCAGUCUGACAGGGACAACCGCUAAUCCUGUCCCUGCCCCAUAGGGCAACCUCAAGUAAAGGAGGUUACCUGAGCCUGUAAUGACUGUGCGGAAGAAGGAACAUCGUUCAAGGCAGGGGUGGGCAGCCUGUAGCUUUCAGCCUGAGUUUGGGGGUCUUCAGCCUGGCUUUGGCCAUUCAGUCCUCUGGCAGGAGAAACCUGCCUUUCCUCCUGUGGCCUGCUAGACAGGAAGGUGACGGGUAAUGAGACAGAGGAGGUGGCAGAUUGAUGGGUGUUUCCCCCCCGCCCCCACAACAGAUGGUCCCUGAGGAAACGUGGUCCCUAACAGAUGGAGAUUGCCCACCCCUGGCCUAACAGUGGUUGGACCAAUUUAAAAAUCACAAGGAAGCAAAUUUGAUCAGUUGGUUAGAGCACAGUGCUGAUAAUGCGAAGGUUGCAGGUUUGAUCCCUGCAUGGGACAGCUGAAUAUUCCCGUAUUGCAGGGGGUUAGACUAGAUGAUCCUCAGGGUCCCUCCCAACUCUACAAACCUAUGAUUCUAAAUUUAAUAUAGGAGCGACUGCCCUUUGCUUUUGUUUUAAAAGGCAUUGUAGGAAAAUGUGCCGCUGGUACAGGACAGGGUAGGAGACCCGUCUUCAAUACAGCUGCAGCCUUAAGAUGGGGCCAGCCAAUCCAGGGCCGGCCCUGUCAUGAGGCAGAGGGAGGGAGCUGCCUCAGGAGGCAAAUGCUGACAGGUGAGGAGAAGGCAGAGCUCUGUGUGUGUGACCUGGUCUGCCUUGCACCCCCUGAGAUAGCCUGCUGCCUUCAGAGGCAGUGGUGGAUGCUGUUGUGCUGCCAGCAAAGUAAGAUUCAGCAGCUAGUCUGCUUGGCUCUUGUCCACAGAAUGGGAGGGACUGCCAUCUUGUCCUUUGCCUCAGGCGGCGAAAGUUCUUGGAUUAGGGCCGCGGCAGCCCUGCAUAUACUUACCAGGCAGUCGGCCCUUUUGAACACAAUGGGACUGUUAUAGAAACCCACAGUUACUUGUUGUGAGGGGAAUAUUGUGAGUGGAUGCAAGGUCUUUUCACAAUGGUACCACUUUAUGAAAUCCUUUCCCCAAGUUUUUCUGACACUUUCUUCUUCUUACUUUCAGUGCCAGGUGAAAACCAUUUAAUUUGCCAAAGGUGUUUUUUAAAAAAAUCUGUCUAAGAGCAGUGGACUCGUAAUCUGGUGAACCGGGUUUGAUUCCCCGCUCCUCUACAUGCAGCUGCUGGGUGACCUUGGGCCAGUCACACUUCUCUGAAGUCUCUCAGCCCCACUCACCUCACAGAGUGUUUGUUGUGGGGGAGGAAGGGAAAGGAGAAUGUUAGCCGCUUUGAGACUCCUUCGGGUAGUGAUAAAGCGGGAUAGCAAAUCCAAACUCCUCUUCUUCUUCUUCAGCUUUAAAAAAAAUUCUGUGCUGCGCUCCUCCCCACCAUGUUCCACUGUUUUCAUUAUUGUAAACCUCCCUAAAAUCCCUAGAGCUGUAGAGUUGGAAGGGACCCUGAGAGUCAUCAAUCCAACCCUCCGGCAAGGCGUAGCUCCCUGAGGGCUUUGGGGAGAAGAGCAGCCGGUACUCUUUUUAAGCUAACCUUAAAAAAGAAGACGAAAGAAAUAGAUAAAAACACGCAAUAACAUUGGGGACGUAUAAACUGUUGAGUGAGGUUGCAUGUGCUUCCCAUGUGCGCCACAUCCCAUUCAGCCUGAAGUUUGAGUGUGUCUAGUAGAAAAGACUGGAAGUUGCCCAAAACCUUGUUGGAACAAAGCCUCAGCAGCCCCUUCUGGCUCCAGCACCAACUCAGGGAUAGGGAAAUUCAUGCCAUUCCAUACCCUCCAACAUUUCUCCAAGGAAAAUAGGGGCAUCCUAAGGAAAAGCAGGACAUUACUGGAUGAAAUCAGAAACCGGGACGGUUUCUCUAAAUCAGGGAUGUCCCUGGAAAACAGGGACACUUGGAGGGUCUUCUAUCCCAGUGUUGUUGGACUCCAGUUCCCAUCAGGUUCAGCUAGCAAGGCCAAUCGAUGGUAAGGGAAGAUGGUGAGCAACACCUGCGGAAGGGACACAGGCUCCCUAUCCGUGCACUAAUUGGACAGACGAAUCUUUGGGUGCCCCUAGACUGCUAUUCUGGGGUGGGAUUCAGUCACAUAGCCAUAAGUGCAGGUUGUUCAUUUACAGUUCAUUGGGAUCAAAAGACCAGACUCAUGGGCAUUGCCAGGAUUUACCUUGUGGAACACCCUUCCAUCAAAUGUCAAACAGAUAAAACAACUAUUUGACUUUGAGAAGACAUCUGAAGGCAGGCCUCUUACAGGAAGUUGUUAAUAGUUGAUGUUUUAUUGUGUUUUUAAUGUUUUGUUGGGAGCUGCCAAGAGUGGCGGGGGCAACCCAGUCAGAUGGGUGGCUAAUAUUGUUAUGAUUAUGAUUAUUUUAUUUAGAGGGUGUCCCGCGCCCACGACUGGGAAAGCAAGGCAAUGCAGUACAGUACCUGACUUCUGUUAGCUUGGCUGUCAAAACCUGUGGCUGCCAGUAUUAAUCAAGAUAGUAGAAAACACUGGAGGAAUAUUGCUUCAUCAGCGUAUGUGGUCAUAUUCCACUAUCUCUUGGGAGCGGGAUUAUUAUAUUCUCAGGAGUAUUCUGAAAAAGUGACGCCUUUCUUGCUCUGACUAAAUAAUCUUGGUGUGGAAGUCUGUCAAAAGCCUGUUUAAACGAUGAAAUGUCUUAAUCAGCUUUCUCACUGCUGGCUAUAAUUACCUAAGUAGGUGUCACAACUCUGCAUUGGAUUGGGUGUGCCUAAUGGACCUUUCGUCUGCUUGGCUCAAAACGUGCCAAAAUCUGAGCUGGCAUUGUCUCUGCUCAUUGCAUAACAGGCCGGAGAGAAAGUAAUUCAAAAGAAAGUGAGGUGAAACCUUGUGUUUGCUGCUCUUCGCCUGGAGUCUGCUAGCCUGCACCUUCCGAAUUUUUGAACUGGGCAAAACCCUAUUCUUACUCUGGAACCUCAGGCUGGUGAGGCAAAUGUGCCACUCUGUACCUCUCUCAGCUUGGCCCUCACAACACUACACAACUCACAAUUCCUUCACCAGCUGCUCCCACUCUCCCCAGGACACAUUCCUUGCCAGCCCUGCUUUGCACCCUCCUGGCUGAAAUGUGCCUUUGAACUCUGAUAAUGCCUGCCUGCAAGUUUCUGUAGAAACUAGCCUGCCAUACAAAAUUAACAUUGAUGUUUGCUGUUCCACCCACUUUUGCCUGUGGCCCCCGGAAAGUUGCCCAGAAGCAAAGGUGGCCCUUGAGAUUCCAAAGGGUUCCUCACACAACCUCUGGAGAGAUAUCCAGAUGCUUUUCCUUAGCACUUUUCUCAUGUCAAACUCUGCCCACUGUGGCUUUUGUCGUCAGUUAAAAACUGCCAUCUUGAUCAGGAGCAGUUGGAAAGCAAUCAAUGCUCCCCUUUUGGUUUCAGAUAGUACAGGGUUUCCCAAACUUGGGUCUCCAGCUGUUUUUGGACUACAGUUCCCUCAUCCCUGACCACUUGUCUUGAUAGCUAGGGAUGAUGGGAGUUGUAGUCCAUUGACAGUUGGAGACCCAAGUUUGGGAAAUUCUGACAUAGUACAUGGGUAGAUAAGUCUGAAAAAAGCCCCAGACACAAAUUUUCACAGCCCUCUAGCAGGUAUGGUGACUUUCAUUUGCCAGAAGUAAUGUAUUUAGCAUUAACUCUGGAAAUGUAUACUCAAUUCUGACCAAACUAAGCCUCCUGAAGUAUAUUUUGCUCUCAGCUGUUUAGUUUGGUCUUGGCCACUUUAGAUCUGGACUGUUUUAACACACUAGCAACACAUCCUGUGGAAUUCUAUCUGUGAUACUUUAUCUGCACAAUCAGAAUGGAUUUCAGGAACCAAAAAUGGACACUAGGCGUUCUGUUUUGGCAACUGUAACCCUGGUUUAAGGAGCCAUUUGGCCCCUAGCUUAUAUAUCUGAGUUUCUAACACUACUAGAGGGCAUUACUGCUUAAAAAUCUCUACCUACCAUCUAGGCAGCACAGUAUUGUUCAUUCUAAGAAAAGACAGGUGGAAUUCCUAUAUAGCAAGGAUGGAGAAUCUGUGCCUCUCCCAGUGUUGGCGGACUACAACUCCCAUCAUCCCUGACCACUAGCUGUGCUGACUGGGACUGAUGGGAGUUGGUGUCCCACAACACUGGGAGGAUCGCAGAUUCUGUUAUAUGGCAUAUUAAGGAAGCGUUGCAUCAACAGAGCAAUUCAACUACCAGGUUACCCGACUUCCAACUACAGGUUUAAACUCGGAGAUGAUUCUUCUCCACUGUUUUCUUCUUUUAGACAAGGGUUCUUUUUUUAAGUCCCUCUGACCCAGGGAAACUUUUCUGGCCAGAUUUGUUCCAGGGCCUUCCUGGGGAGAUCUCAGAAGCUCACCCACAACCCAAGGCAAUGUGGCAGAGGCAGUUUAUGGGCACCAUGCUGCAGGGGCCUCCACAACAGUGCUUUGAAAGGGAGCGCAAGAGGCAGCUGGCGCUGAAUUUUAGCAGCACACAGGGUGUCACUGAAAUGUGAGAGCCCAAAGUCCACCACUGAAUAUUACACCUUCUUUUCUCUUCCAGGGGAGCCUCUGUAUCUGUUGAGCAUCUUUAUGUUAUUAUUUAGACAAUUUCUAUACCAGUUGCUGUAGAACUUUGCUCCAAAGUGGUGUAAAGCAAACCUGAAAAAACUGCCACAAAAAAAUACAUAAUCAUCAUCUUCUCCUCUUCUUUGGCGAUCACUCGUAGCCGAGUAAGAUUGUCUUCCAUAAACACGGUUUUAACAAUGAGUCUGUAAGUGACUGUGGAGUCCAAUUCUGGAUCCAAACAUCCUUCCACAUUGGUUUCUGGGCAGGAGUUGAUCACGGUGAGGGUUUGCCAAGUGUGCCUUCCUCUUGGCAUGUUUCUCCCUUGCGUCCUGAGUCUGAGUGUCUUCAAAGCCCAUGACACCUUUAGUAAAGGCUGUUCUCCAACUGGAGCGCUCACAGGCCAGUGUUUCCCAGUUGUCAGUGUUUAUACUACUUUUUUUUAGAUUUUCCUUGAGACAGUCUUUAAACCUCUUUUGUUGACCACCAGCAUUAUGCUUUCCAUUUUUAAGUUUGGAGUAGAGUAGUUGUUUUGGAAGACGAUCAUCAGGCAUCCGCACAACAUGACCAGUCCAACGAAGUUGAUGUUGAAGUUGAAGAAUCAUUGCUUCAACACUGGUGAUCUUUGCUUCUGCCAGUACUCUGAUAUUAGUUCGCCUGUCUUCCCAAGUGAUGUGUAAAAUUUUUUCGGAGACACCAUUGAUGGAAUCUUUCGAGGAGUUGGAGAUGGCAUUUAUAAGUGGUCCAUGUUUCACUAGCAUACAGUAAGGUUGGUAGUACAAUAGCUUUGUAAACAAGCAUUUUGAUUUCCCUGCGAAUGUCCCGGUCCUCAAACUGUACUUCAAUCAGAAGAAAGCCGCACUCACAGAGCUCAGGCGAUGCUGGAUUUUGGCAUCAAUGUUGGCCCUUGUGGAAAGAUAGCUGCCUAGGUAGGAGAAGUGAUCGACAUUUUCCAACGUUACACCAUUGAGUUGGAUUUGUGGCACUGCAGAGGGGUUAUUUUGUACUUGUUGGUGCAGCACUUUGGUUUUUUGGAUGUUGAGUGAUAGGCCAAGCUUUUCAUAAGUUUCUGCAAAGAUAUUAGGAUGGUUUGGAGGUCAUCCUCUGAGCGUGCGCACACUACGUUGUCAUCAGCAUACUGAAGCUCUAUGAGGGAAGUUAUGGUAACCUUACUCUUCUCUUUCAGCCUCCUCAGAUUGAAGAGCUUUCCAUCUUUUCGAUAUAUGAUUUCUACUCCAGUGGGGAGUUUCCCUUCGACAAAGUGUAGGAUCAUGGCAGUGAAAAUAAUGAAUAGAGUUGGGGCAAUAACACAACCCUGUUUAACACCUGAUUCCACUGUGAAUGGUUCACUUUGAGAGCCAUGGUUAUCUGCAAUUGUUGCUGUCAUAUUAUCAUGGAGGAGUCGAAUGAUGUUUACAAAUUUAUCUGGGCAGCCAAUUUUCAGAAGGACAGUCCACAGGGCAUUACGAUUUACAGUGUCAAAAGCCUUAGUCAGGUGAAUAAAUGCCAUAUGCAGGGGUUGGUUUUGCUCUCUGCAUUUUUCUUGAAGCUGUCAAGCGGUGAAAAUCAUGUCCACUGUCCCCCUAGAAGGCCGAAAACCAUUUUGGGAUUCAGGAAGGGUCACCUCGGAUAUUGUUAAGAGAUGGUUUGCUAAGAUCCUUGCAAGAAUUUUGCUGGCUGCAGCUAACAGAGAGAUGCCUCGAUAGUUUCCACAAACAGUUCUGUCACUUUUUAAAAAGAGAUUGAUAAUUUUGGCAUCCCUAAAGUCUGCUGGGAUCUCUUCUCUUUCCCAGAUUUUUUGGAUGAGCUUGUGAAGUUGUUGUGUAAGUUCAAUUCCGCCCACUUUGAAGAUUUCGGCAGGUAUCCCAUCAGGUCCACUGGCUUUGUUGUUUUUCAUUUGGUUAAUAGCUGUACACAACUCUCCCAGAUCUGGAGAUACUGCAAGCUCAUCUCUAACUUGUUUUUGCGGAAUCUGAGAGAGGAUCUCAGCCACUACGGGGGAGUUGUGGUUAAGGAGAUGUUGGUAAUGUUCUUUCCAGCGCAGUGCAAUAGCUUCUUUAUCUUUUAGAAGUGUGAUACCGUCUGCUGAGCAUAGGGGGCAUAUGCCAUGAUUUAUUGGCCCAUAGAUGGUCUUUGUGGCUUUAAAGAAACUCUGUGCAUCAUGAGUGUCGGCUAAGUGCUGGAUCUCUUGAGCUUUUUUUAUCCACCAGGCAUUUUUUAGUUCUCUGGUUCUUCUUUGAACCUCAGCCUUAGCGUUGGCAUAGGUUUUUUUCUUAGUGGCACAGUUUCUAUCUCUUUGCCAAAUCUGAAUGGCCUUCCUUUUCUUGUCAAUCAUGUGUUCAAUCUCACUGUCAUUCUCAUCAAACCAGCCCUGGUGUUUUUUGGUUUGGUAUCCAAUAGUUUGUUCACAGGCUGCAAUAAUGGAUGUUUUUAGCCUGGUCCAAUGUUCCUCGAUGUUAUCAGGGAAUUCUGAAAGCAGAUGGUCCUUAAGAGUCGUUUGGAAGCAAUCCCACUUAAGGGGAUCUUGAAGGGCUUGAGUGUUCAUUUUGUGCCUUGGUUCACUAAGUAUUGAUAAGCAUAUAGUAAUAUCAGUUAUGUCACCUUCUGAUGUGCACAUGCACUCAAUAACCCCUUGCUUCCUAGCUCUCGCCCAGGAUCCCACCCAAGCACCCUAGAGGAGGAGGAGGAGGAGUCUGGAUUUGAUAUCCCACUUUAUCACUACUCUAAGGAGUCUCAAAGCGGCUAACAUUCUCCUUUCCCUUCCUCCCCCACAACAAACACUCUGUGAGGUGAGUGGGGCUGAGAGACUUCAGAGAAGUGUGACUAGCUCAAAGUCACCCAGCAGCUGCAUGUGUAGGAGCGGGGAAGCGAACCCGGUUCACCAGAUUACGAGUCCACCGCUCUUAACCACUACACCACACUGGCUCUCCCCUACAGCCUCAACGAACUCACUGAUCAUCCCGCUGCCCCCCCAAAAAUCACACUGAAGAAGGUGCACUCUAGGCUUCCCUUUACAACAGGCACCGAGGUUCAUGGAGUUUCUGCAAACUGCCCAUUCAGCACUGAACCAGCUGCACAGCCAGUUGUUCCAGGCUGCAGCAGGCUGGGUUGGGUGACUUUCCCAGGGAGUCCAGAAGAUGGCAAAUAGGACACCCCUCCACUCACAGCUCUUUCUCUGCACACAGCUCCUCUUCCAGCCCCCUUCCUCUGUUUCUCUUAUCGCUCUCUUAUCGCUCUUCUCUUCUGCAACAACUAAAUGAUUGCCUGUAGCUGCUCCAGAGACCGCAGCAGAGAAGGACUCCUUAUUCAGGCUAAUGAUGCACAAAUGCCUGUGUUUUGUCAUCUUCUCUGGAGUCAUGUUUCUCAUCUACCUUUCCAGGUAGAUGCUGCUGGAACGAACACCAGAACGGCAAGUGGGUGGGAGCAAAAAGAGGCAGGUAUAAUUCAGUGGCUUGGCUUGAAAUCUGGAGAACUCAGGGUGGAAACGCCUCAUAUUGAGAGCAAGCUUGGUGAUUUCAAGCCUGAUGUCUGUUGACUUUAAUGGCAUCUCUUGUUCGGUCUGGGACUUGCAGUGUUUGAAUUAAUGAUAAGAUAUUGGAAAUGUGGGAUUGGAGGAAGAGGAGAGGACCUCUGCAAGUGUAUGUUUACAUGUUUAGUAGAGUUGGCACCGAUUGCACUAAAAGCAGUUGCAUAGCUUCCUUAAAUAUGUAGAUUACCUAGUCCUGAAUGCAUUCCUAACAGGUUCCUGUUUUAAAAUAACUGCUUACUAUGGAAUCAGGUUAGACUUGGUUAGACCUUAUUUUGCAUGUUAACAAAAUGCAGAAUGAUGUUCCACCACCAUUGCAAUAUGCUGAUCUUUGGAACUGAUAACAGUGCCUCUGAACUGUUGCAGUAGCUUUGUAUAUUUAAUAUAUGUGCUGUUAUACGAAACAAAUAAUUGAAAAAGAAAAGAGUGAAUGAAGGUGACACAAAGUGGGCAUAAACAUGGGGGCAUCUCCACCAAACCCUGGGGAGGACCAACUGCCAUAAUUUCCCAAGUCCUUUAUAAAAGGCUGUUGAAAUAUACUCGGAGUCGAAUGUGAAUUUCAUGCUCUUUAUUCAGCUCAUAGUGGUGAGGAGGAAUGAAAGUUUCCCCAAAAUAUCCGCUUUAUAUACAUUAUUUACACAAUGGGUCGCACGUGAUUGGCUAAUUCUGGGAUUCUCCUGUAGGCCAAUCCAGUUGCGGAUUCACUUCCACCUGGAGCUGGAUUGGGUGGCUCCUGCGGACCAAUCAUACUGCUGCAUUGUUCUUGGACCAAUCAGACUGCUGCAUUCUGAUUCCUAUUGUUCUAGGACCAAUCAGACUGCUGCUUUUUGGAUCCUAUUCAAUUCAGUACAUAAUACCCGUAUAACUUUACUAUGGGAAAAUGUAUUUCUGAUCCCCCCAAAGUUAGGAACAUUUAGUUUUCUUUAGUUGAUAUAUCUUUCCUGGUCAAACAGGAAGGCUUCUUCAGGCUUUACUGUGGAGGCAUCGCCUCAGAGCUACUCUGCGAAAGGGCACAAGCAAAUGCUCCAGUACUUGUAGUUUGCGUCGAACCGUCUCAGACCUGAAAUUAUGCCUGCAACCAAGCCUAAGCCUGUGGAACUGGGAUAAUUGCAUAUCCUAUCCAUGUCUACCAUAACUUUGGUAACUCCCAUCACUCCAGGGCUGGGAUCCAGGCUGGCUGGGGGUUGAUGGGAGAUGCAGUUGACAACCUGAGGGAGGGCGCCAUGUUGGCUGUCCCCGCCUCCUCUUCAUUCUUGUCCCCCUUUUUUCCUUGUCUCAACUUUUACAUGGAAAGCCCAUCAGGGUUUGAAAUUCACCAGGCGCAUUUUGCGCCUGGCUAUCGUUGGAUCUGGACUGUUUUCACGCACUAAUACCCCAUCCUGUAGAAUUAAUAAUAAUACAGUGGUACCUCAGGUUAAGUACUUUAUUCGUUCCGGAGGUCCGUACUUAACCUGAAACUGUUCUUAACCUGAAGCACCACUUUAGCUAACGGUGCCUCCUGCUGCUGCGCCGCCACCGCUGCACGAUUUCUGUUCUCAUCCUGAAGCAAAGUUCUUAACCUGAAGCACCAUUUCUGGGUUAGCUGAGUCUGUAACCUGAAGCGUAUGUAACCUGAAGCGUAUGUAACCCGAGGUACCACUGUAAUAAUAAAUUUUAUUUAUAUCCCGCCCUCCCCAGCCAAGACCGGGCUCAGGGCGGCUAACACCAGAUAUAAAACAAUUGAUUAAAAUACAACUUAAAAACAAGAUUAAAAUACAACAUUAAAAUGCAGCCUCAUUUCAGUAGAAACUCAAAUCAAAAACUUUUGGGGGAUAAAAACAUCAAAUCUUCACCAAGGCCAACUAUCCAGACUGGUCCCAUGUGCGCCAGAAAAAAAAGCCAGGGAAGUCCCCACAGAAGGAGAAAGGAAAGAGGGGGAGGGGAUCAAGUUGAUUCCAAGCCAAAGGCCAGGCGGAACAACUCUGUCUUACAGGCCCUGUGGAAAGAAAUCAGAUCCUGCAGGGCCCUGGUCUCAUGAGACAGAGCAUUCCACCAGGCUGGGGCCAGUGUUGAAAAUUCAGUCAGUUAUAUUUUACCUGCACAAUCAGAAGCAAUUUCAGGAACUAAAAUGCUUUUUCUGUGCAGCCUGAGCAGGAGCAGUGAACGACGUUACAGUGCAUUGUUGUCGCUUGUCUUUCUUUACCCUGCCCUAGUGCCCUGCUCAAAGUUGUGGAGAAUAUUCUUACGUUAUGAAUGGUCCAUGUCGUCAUUAGGAAAAAGAGGUUGGAAUAGGCUCCUAUGACCCUGGUCCUCUAAACUAGCCAGGUGUUUAACUGAGAAUCAAUCACAGUCAGUCCAUCCUUUGAAAAAUAAGGCAUUGGGGCCAUCUUGCCCCAAAAUGGCAACUAGACUUUCUGUUUUGGCAGCUGAAACUCUGGUUUCAGGAGCCCUUUGGUGCCUAGCCUGUGUAUCUGAAUUUCUAACAGAUUGUUGUACAGAUCUGUCGUCAUGUGCACCCUGUAAAAUGCCAGGCACACUGUUGGUGCUUCACAUCUGUAUGUAUAUAUAAAAAAAUUGCACAGAACUGCAGUUUCUGCGAUCAAACACUUUGAUUUGCAUUACACUAAGUAAGGUAAAGGUAAAGGGACCCCUGACCAUUAGGUCCAGUCAUGACCGACUCUGGGUUUGCGGCGCUCAUCUCGCUUUAUUGGCCAAGGGAGCCGGUGUACAGCUUCCAGGUCAUGUGGCCAGCAUGACUAAGCCGCUUCUGGCGAACCAGAGCCGCGCACGGAAAUGCUGUUUACCUUCCCACCAGAGCGGUACCUAUUUAUCUACUUGCACUUUGAUGUGCUUUCGAACUGCUAGGUUGUCAGGAGCAGGGACUGAGCAAUGGGAGCUCACUCCGUCGCGGGGAUUCGAACCGCCGACCUUCUGAUCGGCAAGUCCUAGGCUCUGUGGUUUAACCCACAGCACCACCCACAUCCCAAGUAAGGUAGAAAUGCAUUUAAUUUGCUCUGCUUCCUCCACACCUGGCCCGCACUGUGAACCGUUCCCUACUUGCACUGCUAAAGGAUGAGGACUGACUCUUAUUCUUUCUCUGCAGCAAUUGACAUGAAGCAUUGCCUACACCUUGUGGCUGCCCUCUUUGCUGCAGUAGCCAUUUGCGUACUUCCUUGCCACAGUGCCAAAGUCCUGCUGGUGCCCACCAUCGUCUUCGACAGCCACCUGCAUAACUUUGUACGGGUAGCGGAAGCGUUAAGCAGCCGGGGUCACGAUGCCGUCCUCCUCCUCCACGAAGGUCGAGUCGUGGAGCCUUUUCCCCGGGGCUACAGAGUGCAAGAUUACCAAGGGGUCUUCAGCACGGAAAGCGCCGACGACUGGCUGCAGGAGUUGCUGAAGCGAGUGUUUGAGGGGAAGAUGACCUCCAUGCAGCUCUUUUCCAUCCUGGAGAAAUACCUGGAGAACUGUGACUUGAUACUGGGAAACAAAAUCCUCAUGCAGCAACUUCAGAGUGAGGUCUUCGACUUGGUCUUGGUCGAUCCCAACGAAAUGUGUGGCUUCAUUGUCGCCCACGUCCUAGGUGUAAAAUAUGUGGCGCUCUCCACUGGCUUUUGGUUUCCUGCUGAGAUUGGAGCCACUUCACCUGUGGCCUACGUCCCCGAAUUUAACUCCCUGAUGACUGAUCAGAUGGGCUUUUUCGGCCGGACUUGGAACAUCGUGGUUUUCAUCAUCUCCCGUGUAGCCACCAGGCUGUUCAUCAUGCCCAAAUUUGACCACCUAAUGGCGAAACACGGGGUGGAGCCGCAGAAAUCCAUGCUGGAGCUUAUCCAGGGCUCGAGCCUCUUUUUCCUGUGCAACGAAGUGGUGCUUGACUUCCCGCGACCUUUGCUUCCCCAUGUGGUUUUCACCGGGGGGAUUCUCACAGAGCCUGCCAAGCCUCUCCCAGAGGUAAGUAAAUGGAACGCGAUACACCCAGUGGCAGAUCUAUGGUAUGUGGGUGGGUGGAUGUGGGGCAUUUGUCCACCUAAAUAAAUAUGAAUUCCUGCAAGAAGAGGGGUGUAUGCGGAGAGGGUGAUAAAAUUUCCUCCUUUGUGCUGCCCACUCCCCAAAAUGGCUUGGAACAGUCCUUGUGGUGGGUCAUACAGAGGGAAAAGGUGAUGGUGAUAAUCAUGCCCUGCAAUGGGUGUCCCCCCCCCCAAAAGUGAUAAUAAUUAUGAUGGUGAUAAGGACUCUCCACUCUGCAAACAAUUGGGGAGCAAUCUGGGAAAAGCUGAUAAUAUCGACAACGCCUUUGCACUGGCCUCUUCCCCCACCCCCCAAAAAGAACCCAACAACUUGAGAACAAUCAGGAAUUAAAUGAUGGUGCGACCUCAGCACUGAGCUCCCCCUGCCCCCCCCCCCGCCUCCCAAAAAACAAAACCUGGGAACAAUCAGAGGAAAUGUGAUGCUGAUAAUUAUGCCAUUGCCCUGGGCUGCAUGCACACAUACAGAUAUGCGCCGACAACUUAGGAAUAACUGCUGCUGUGCGGCAGGCAUCCGAAACAAGAAGAGGAUGCUACAUCCUCCCAUCACCCUCAUAUUCAACUGUGUGUCUUGAGAUGUGGAGGGAAUUGCGGGAAUCGCCCAUCACUCAUUUUGCUCCCUGCCACACGGCCGGCAGGCAGCAAAAUGAGUGAUGGGUGAUUCCCACAAUUCCCUCCACAUCCCAACAUACACAUUUUUUUUUUUAAAAAAGUAGCUGCCUGCCGACAGCUUCCUGUGGAUGGAUGGUAGCAAAACAAAACAAGUGGAGCAGAUCCUGAGCAUCUUCCUCCACUGCUCCACAUACACAUUCCCCCAAAACACUUCCAUGACCAGAGCAGCUGCUCCCUGUUUGCUCCACAAAGCCACUGAGCAACAAAGCAAAGAGAAGGCAAGCAGGCCCCAGCAGUCCACCUCCGGUAUAGAUAGCUCCCUGCACAUUAAACUUUGAAAUUCUCUUUCUAGAAGGGCUAAAGACUUCCUUUUUUUUUUUAAAAAGGCUCAGAGUCUGAAGCCCCUGUUGGCAUGUGUCAUAGUGCAAGGUGCUCUACAUGGGGCUACCUUUGAAGGUGACUCGGAAACUACAACUAAUCCAGAAUGCGGCAGCUAGACUGGUGACUGGGAGUGACCGCUGAGACCACAUAACACAUAACCUGGGCUGCAUGCACACAUGCACACUAAAGGAUCUUCACUGGCUCCCAGUAUGUUUCCAGGCACAAUUCAAAGUGUUGGUGCUGACCUUAAAAACCCUAAACGACCUCAGUCCAGUAUUCCUGAAGGAGCAUCUCCACCCCCAUCAUUCAGCCCAGACACUGAGGUCCUCCUAAGGGUCUUCUGCUGGUUCCCUGACUGUGAGAAGCGAAGUUACAGGGAACCAGGCAGAGGACCUUCUCGAUAGUGGCGCCCUCCCUGUGGAUCACCCUCCCUUCAGAUAUCAAGGAGAUAAAGAACUACACAACUUUUAGAAGGCACCUGAAGGCAGCCCUGUAUUGGGAAGUUUUUAAUGUUUGAUGUCUUAUUAUGUUUUCAUAUAUGCUGUAAGCUGCCCAGAGUGGCUGAGGAAACCCAGGCAGUUGGGUAUAAAUAAUAACAUUAGUAGUAGUAGUAGUAGCAGCAGCAGCAGCAGCAGCAGUAGUAGUAGUAGUAGUAGUUUGUGGCCUAAGCUCACACAUUGCAGGUCUGUCCCAGAGCCUACCCAGACAGGUCGGGGUAUAAUUAAUAAAAUUAUUAUUAUUACUCCAAUUGCACCAUUACAAAUAUAGACCUGUUAGGGUUAGGGUUACUUAUCCCUCACAGCUCUGACUUCAUUCAUUGCUUAAAUCACUGGCAGGUGACUCAUUUAACAAAGAAUUGCUUAGACAUUGCACAUUAUAGAACCAUAGAACUGUAGAGUUGGAAGGGACCUCGAGGGUCCAACCCACUGCAAUGCAGGAAUCCAUGAUGUGCAGUGAAAUUUUUCUUAGAGGAACAGUUAGGGCCAGAGGUGCCAGCUUGCGAGAGCGAUUGGGGAGGAGGAAUGUCCCAAUGUUGCACAGGUGAGCAUCGCACCUCCCUAAGCUUGGGAGAAGCUUCCCGGGCUUUGGGAAGGAGGCACCAGGCUUUAAUUGAAACGUAAAGCAGUGCACAGGGAUGAGUAAUAAAACCAUAGAAUUGUAGAGAUGGAAAGGAACCCAACCCCCUGCAGGAAUAUGCAGCUGUCCCGUUUGGGGAUUGAACCUGCAACCUUGGCAUUAUCAACACCAUGCUCUAACCAAUGAGUGCAGUAGUUGAAUUUUCUGUCACCAUUCAGGUUUAUGGAAGGUGACUUUCUGCAGCAAGGGAACCUCCUGUCCCCUGCAAGUGCCUCUGAGCCUUUGAGGAACCUGAUUUUCCAGAGUUACGUAAUGUGUCGGAGCAUCAGACUCCCAACUUCAGGCCUUCCUAGAGUUGCGACGUGACCUGAAUUGCAGCAGGAAUGGAGCUAGCACAUUCAUCCCCACAACCCUCCCCCCCACACCAUCAAAUAUUAAGUAAACAUUCUUUUGCCACGACAUGGAUGCUUUGUGUGAGCAAGGGAGACCCGGGUAACAAGUGGUUUUAAAUAAGAAUUGUCCCGCGAUUCCUUUCCUCUGAUAUUCUUUCAGUGCAGAGAGAUUUCUGAGUUUGGUGCUUUUCAGAGCCCUGACAAAGAGGAAACUAGUUUUGCGGCGUCUGCUGUCUUCAAGGAUGGGGAUCCCACAGGAGAAGGGCAGAGAAGUCCAACUGCUUUGCCAGAACUCCUGGCAGGCCACCAUGUAUGGUCUUACCUGGGCUUCUAUUCUCAGCUGAAUGGUUUGAAGUCUCCCAUCCAAAUGCUAACCAGGCCUGACCCUGCUUAGCUUCCGAGAUCAGGCACGUUCAGGGUAGUACAGCCAUAGACCUGAAGGGCUUGAAGCUAGAAAGCUUGAUAUUGCCCUGAUGUGCAAAUCUGGGGGUGCUUUUAUACGUGCAGGGCCUGCGUCUCUGGAUGGAAGCCGCAGAUGCUGGUGUCGUCGUGGUCUCCUUUGGAAUCGGUAUACGAGUCCUGCCAAAAGACCUGGUGGAAAAGAUGGCCGGGGCGUUUGCUCGCCUUCCCCAGAAGGUUGUGUGGAGGUAACACCGGUUAUUUCGUGAUCUGUAACUGCAUUGUGCUUGCGGAGAGCCACAAAGCAGAGGAGGGAUGCCUCCGCACUGCCGUGGAUUCGUGGAAUCUGCCCCAGAUCCCAAACAAAUGGGGGCCAUGUUCUAGAGGGGCAGAACCGAUCUGGACACCCCAUCAGGCUGCCUUUCCCCCUUUUUCUCUGCCUUUGGCAUUUUGCUGCCUCGGGGAAAGGCCAAGAUGGUGCUGAGCAUACAGAAGCCAAUUGGACCGUCAGUUGGACCUUAACACCAAAGCUAUUAAUGGGAAGCCAAUUGCACCUGAAUAGGGUGGCAGAAUAGUUAUGGGGGUACGGGGUGGGCUCACACAGCUCCAUCUGCCACCAGCAGGGGCCUCAGGAGGAACAGCUGUGGGGGGCUGUCACAACCUGCUUCCUAGCAUCUGCCCCCACCUUGAGGAGGUCAUCUCACUCUGCCAAAGGUCCAGCCCUUCAGAUGAGAGUCGUCCUAGACAUCAAGGACCAGGCUGUUUGAGAAUGCACCCAGACACAGUAACUGCCCCUUCCAGUUGCCAAAGAGCACCCUGACGUGAUUCUGUGCACGUUUACUCAGAAACAAGUCCCUCUGGGUUCAGGCAGAUUUGUUCUAAAGGAAGUGUUUAUCUUCCUUCUUAUACAGUGGUACCUCGGAAGUCGAACGGAACCCGUUCCGGAAGUCCGUUCGACUUCCAGAACAUUCAGAAACCAAGACGCAGCUUCUGAUUGGCUGCAGGAAGCUCCUGCAGCCAAUCAGAAGCUGUGCCGGACGUUCGGGCUCCAAAGAACGUUCGCAAACCGGAACACUCACUUUGCGGUGUUCGGGAACCGAAACGUUCGACUCGCAAGGCGUUUGUCAACCAAAGUACGACUGUACCUGUUUGGCACACUCCUGCCACCACCGGUGUUCCCAGGAAAGCUGCUCCUAGUGGGAUUCUCCUCCCAACAUUUAACACAGCUGGGUUGCUUUCUCAAGCAGCUGGAGGGAUGGUGUUCUUUGCCGUUGGAGUGGAGCAAACAAGAGAAAUUGUUUGUGUGUGCACUCUGGCCAGAGAGACCAAGAGGUAGCAUAUAAAGGUAAAGGUAAAGGGAACCCUGACCAUUAGGUCCAGUCGUGGCCGACUCUGGGGUUGCGGUGCUCAUCUCACUUUAUUGGCUGAGGGAGCCAGCGUACAGCUUCCGGGUCAUAUGGCCAGCAUGACUAAGCCGCUUCUGGCAAACCAGAGCAGCACACGGAAACGCCGUUUACCUUCCCGCCAGAGCGGUACCUACUUAUCUACUUGCACUUUGACGUGCUUACGAACUGCUAGGUUGGCAGGAGCAGGGACCGAGCAAUGGGAGCUCACCCCGUCGUGGGGAUUUCAACCGCAAAUUGAGACCAAGAGGUAGCAUACAGCUGGUUGCAAUUUACCCCUAAAUCUUUAGUUGCAGUCAACUGGUAUUUACUUAUCUUGUCGGUACCCACGUUUGAGAUAUUUUCUUCCUGCCAACCGUAAAAGCGGCUAGGGUAAGGUCUUGGUACGGGACAUGGGAGAAGGGUUAAGUGGUUAUUAUAUUUUAGACAGCAUUUUUUUUUAAUACAGAACCUGCACGUAAUUGGCACUUUCACCCUAUGUAUUAUUACAUCACACACUAUGUAUUGUUAAGCGUUUAUCGUUUCCUCUCAUUCUCCCCUGAGUUCAGGUGGGAAGGAACUUAUUUUAAGUGACGGAUCUUUUGCUCUCCCCCUCCCACUGUCCUUUGGCAGAUACUCUGGUCAGAAGCCAUAUAACUUGGGUGAAAACACACUGAUGAUGGAUUGGCUGCCUCAAAACGAUCUGCUGGGUAAGUGAAAAGGGAUCAGCCAAACGAGGGGGUUGGACUAGAUGGCCCUUGGGAGUCCCUUUCAACUCUACCAUUCUAUGAUUCUAUGAGAGCAAGUUACUUUUCCUUGCCCGGAAGGAGAAAGCAAACCGUGCCCUUCUCCCUCCAUACCCUAUGUGAAUAAAUGAACUGCUUCAAUGUCUUUUCCAGUCUUGGAUAACUGGCAAAGCUAAUGGGUUUUUGUUUUUGUUUUCUCCCAUAACAUUGCUGGUCCAGGAUACCUGAAUUGAUUUAAGACCAUAGUUGAGCAUAAAUCUCCCCUCCUUUCAGCCAAAUGCCAGUGAUUUGUGCUUUAAAAAAAGUUAUGUGCUUAAGGGGGCAGAUAGCAGAGCAGCUGAUGUUUAUUUAGUUUGGCCUUUGGGUGUUACAGUGCCCUCUUCAGAUUUUGGAAACCUUCUUCUUCUCCUUCUCCUUCUCCUUCUCCUUCUCCUUCUCCUUCUCCUUCUCCUUCUCCUCCUUCUGUUUGGCCCUGUAUAGUGGGUUUUCUUUGUAACCCAAAUAGAUCUAUUUAUUUUUUCAUAAAAGUAUUUUUAUACUUCCUUUUUGACCCUAACAAGAAUUACAUGAAAGCUCGCCAGUUUACUGCUCAAACAUUCAGGUAUUGCCAUACAGUGGUACCUCGGGUUAAGUACUUAAUUCAUUCUGGAGGUCCGUUCUUAACCUGAAACUGUUCUUAACCUGAAGCACCACUUUAGCUAAUGGGGCCUCCUGCUGUUGCUGCGCCGCCGGAGCACGAUUUCUGUUCUCAUCCUGAAGCAAAGUUCUUAACCUGAAGCACUAUUUCUGGGUUAGCAGAGUGUGUAACUUGAAGCGUAUGUAACCUGAAACGUAUGUAACCUGAAGCGUAUGUAACCCGAGGUACCACUGUAUGGCUAUAGCAGUCACCAGCCUGUAUCAUCAGAUAUUACGAGAGCUUACAUAAAUAAUAAUCUGAUUAAAGAGCCUUUUAAUAAGGAUGUGCCAGCGAUUUUAGGACCUCCCUAUGAUGGGAUGGAUGCAUGGUUUGAGUUACUGUCUUCAGAGCUUCUGCAGCCUUAUUCAGCUUCCAGUCAGCCAUGCAUAGAUAUCAAUACCAUUUUUAAAAGUAUCUAGUUAGACAGUGUAAAUCAGAUGUGUCCACACCAUCAUUUGCCAACUCUGGGUCUCUAGAUAGUUUGGACUACAACUUCCAUCAGCCCCAGCCAACAUGGUUAAUGGCCAGGGAUGAUGGGAAUUGUAGUAUAGCAACAUCCAGCAGGCGCCAGUUCCAAAGAUUGUUCUACACUUACAGCAGUGGAAUGGCUUGAUUGGGGCGGGAAUUCAAGGCAUCUGCUAGUAAGGUAAAAUAAGGACACAAAACCGGCCGUGCAAACUUUUGUUAAUCUUUACAGGGAGCACAAUACCUUAAUCGGGACUGAAAAGCACUGGUCGUGGUUGACUUUAAGCGCUGGAAUUAACAAGAGAACUUUGUGGUGACUGCAUUGUGGCCAAUGCUUUUUGGGGAAAGAGGGAGAGCUGUGGCGGGAGGGUGUCAACCCUUGUGUGGAAAAACUUCAACUUGCGUAACUUGGGAUGCAACGAAAUGUUGCCUGUAAACAUAUUGAUAGGAUAAGUUCAACUGUCAGUAACGCAAGUGGUUCAGAUUUAAGCGUUAUAUUUCCAGUCAGUACAAAGGGCAAUAGCAAUCUUCCUUCAAAUUACAAAUUAGUCUGUGGGCUGUUGUAACGUAGCCAUACGACAGAGAACCAUAGAAUAUGAUGUCAGUCCUUUGUAAAAUUGAGGCCCGUGCAUCAAUAGCUUAGAUUUUUCAGAGGAAUGUCCUAGUUUUGGAAUUGACUGAUCUAACUUAGACAAAUGUUUGGCUCCCUUUCAUCUAAGUACCGGUAAUUAUAAAACUAGACUGCAUCUGUCUAUCCAAUUUCAGCACAAUUUGCAGAAAACAUUUAACGGCAAAUUUCUACAGUCCUAAUCUCAGUGGACCUAAUGGUCAGGGGUCCCUUUACCUUUUUUUAAUCUCAGUGGAUGGUUGUCAGCUAAGCUUUCCUCAGAGAAAACCAUUGAAAUUAAUAGUAUUAAGUUAGUUGUGCCUCUUAAUUUCAACGGGUCUACUACUCUGAAUAGCUUGCGUGCCUCAUACCGAGUCAGAAAACUGCAUAAUAGACGGUGUUUAGCAGAUUUGGUAAUUCAAGUAGAUAUUAUGGAUGUGAGCUUUUAACAUUGCUCGAUUUCUGCUGCAGGCCACCCCAGUGUGAAAGUCCUUGUGAGUCACUGUGGCAUGAACAGUAUAUUUGAAGCCAUUUACCACGGGAUUCCAGUUGUGGGCUUCCCUUUCUACGGCGACCAGUUUGAUAUUAUGACGCGAAUUCAGGCGAAAGGGAUGGGUAUCCUCGUGGACUGGGGCCGGGUGACAGAAGACAGCCUCUACGAAACUCUGUCCACAGUAACGACUAACCCAAGGUAAGUCAGCCUAAUAGCAGCCUUAUUCAAAGAAGAGCAAAGGAGUGAAUCGUUGGUUACUGCAUUAAAGAACUGCAAGAGUGGCCCCUUAGAUAAGUUACGGUACUUUCUGUUUUAGCCCCGCCCCCUUUACCUUCUCUCAAAGAACCCUGGGAAGUGUGGUCCGUUACGGGUGCAGAGACCCCUAUUCCCUUCACAGAACUACAGUUCCCAGAGUGCUUUAACAGUCAAUCCCUCCCCAAAGGGUACUCUGGAAAUUAUAGCUGUGAGGUGACUUGGGGCCUCCUAACAACUCUGACUUUUAGGAGACUACAUUUCCCAUGGUUGUUGGUUUUUUGCGGGGUUGGGGGGGGUAGCCAUGGCUGUUCAAAAUGGUAUGAUAUUGUUUUUACAUACCAGUAGUGGUGAUGAGGCCUAUGGUUCUGUGACAGUGAAUGAACCAUGCACUUUAUUUCUCCAGUUAUAUGGAGCACUACUCAGAUACACCCCAACUCAAUUAACUGUUUUUGAGAGAGGCAUUCAUUUUGCAUGUUUGCUUCUCCGUCUCAUGGAUUCAGCUGAUAUAGACAGAUUAUUCUGUGGGUGGGUGGGUGCAGGCACCAGGAGAGCCUGUAGCGCUGUGGUGAAUUGGCCAGGUACCAGUAGAUGCCUCUGCUGAAGAGAUACAAGUUUGUCAUGGAGGAAUCUGGGAAAUAUGCAGAUGAAUUCUAUGGUGUCCUGUGCCGGUCCUCAGGAGGAGCCCAUGGGAUGCAGCAAACCAGGCCACUUGCUGCAGCCACAGCACUAUGGAGAGCUCCGAGUGAGCCUCGUGCUCCAAGGAGGGCCUGAGGUGAGCUGAGGCCAUUUGAGCCUCUGCUUCCAGUCCACCUCUCCUGAGCUUUGACUCCUUUGUUGGACAACAUUGCUAAUACUCUGGCUUGAAGAUGGACACUUGACCUUCGCCCUCGGGCCUCCUGCCUGGUGUGCUUCUUGCACCACUGGACUGCAAAGCUCUUCACACCCAGGGGAAGGUCUCUGUGAAAGUCCAGGCCACAGUUCUAUGGGUGCCGGGGCUGUGGAACCAAAUUCCUGCCUCGGUUUCAGUGGGCUCCUAAACAGCAUCAGCUGGUGGUCCUGUAGCUUCUGAUUCAGUGUCCUGGUCCUUGUUGGACUCCAGGAUAAUGACUGAUGGAUCCUUUGUGCCGUUGAGUCCUGGCAAGAUUUGGUAACGUAGCAAUCAGUGGGGGACACAUCAUUCUCCUAGCAUUAUUGUUGACGUUCCUCUUUUGCAGUUUCUCCAAGGUUGCCAAGAAGAUCUCAGAAAUCCACCUGGACAAGCCCAUUCCUCCCCUCAACCGGACAGUCUACUGGCUGGAGUACGUCCUUCGCCAUGAUGGAGCGCCAUUCCUCCGCCCGGCCCUCUACAAACUUUCCUUUUACGAGUAUUACUGCUUGGAUAUUUUGGCGGUGCUGCUGCUGUUUGUGGGAGCCAUCAUCUAUGUUGUCUUCAGGCUGAGCUUGCGGUACAGAAGGUCCGACGUCAACCCAGCACACCUGAAUGGCCACGUUUUGAAUGGGCACGUCUUGGAAGGGAAGAAAGUGCAGUAGGACUUGGCCCUGAUCUGAGUAGACUGUGCCUCUCUGAAUAGAAUAGAUAAGGGCGGUGAUAAGGCCAAAAAUGGAUAGGGCUGGACUUUGUGGGAGCUUUGAGAUGGGAUCUAAGUCUGUGAAAUGCUGGAGAGGACAACAUCCUCUUUGCCAUUCUCCCAUGCUAUGUAAGACGGUGAGGAGAGAGCAGAGAUUAUGCUUUUUAGAGUGAGUGAGUAGCUGUGGAAUGCCACUGCCCCAUAUUGUGUAAGGAUAAAGGGAAAUCCUUUAUUAUUAUUGCAAGGAACCUGAAAAGUGGUGCUUUAAAAGUUUGUUUCAAACGGCUGCUACUCCUCAGCUUUCCUUGGCGCACCACACUCUUGCCUUUGUGUGAUACUGCAUCAUUUUUUUAAAAAAAUAAACCGCAAAUUGCUUCCCUCCAACCAGCGUGUGAAUGUGAAUUUGAAGGCAGAAGCAGAUAUUUCAGGUUUGCGGUUCUUGUUGGGAUCGAGGUGCAACCGAUGGCAAUCUGCCCCAUGCUUCGCUUCAAGGGAGGAUCCUUCCUUCCUCAACGAGAAUGAUCUAAAUGAUUGGGAGAAGUUGAGCAAGCGAGGUUCUGCGCCACUAGAGCCUUUCAAAUACCUGAGGGAACACUGCCCUUUCCUCCUACAUAUUGUACCUGCCUCUGAUUUCACCACUGAAACCAGCUCUUUUGUUGUUGCUUCCCCAAGAACUGCUUUCCUAGGUCUUUCCUGUCCCCACUUGGAAUGCCCCCGCGUUGCAAACUUGAAGGGGGAAGGACGAAAACAGGGAAUGGUCAAGGAAGGAGAGAGAGGGACAGGAUGGGUGCUUCUGACCACGUGGGCUCCUUUCUCCCUCCCUAGUCCUCCUCUUUCUCCCUGCAGGGAGUUGCAAGAAUAGCGAAGAGUCUCGCAGUAACUCGCAAGACUUGAAGGUGCCACAAGUCUGCUUGUUGGUUUUGCACAGCAUGCUAAUGCAGCAGUUGUGGUUGUGUUUUGAGACAUCCUCCUGGUUCCUUCUCAAGUUUUAGAAGCCUCCCAUCUGCAGGGUUAUGGUUGCAUAACCUACGACGUCAAAAAGAUAGCAAUCUCUGUGUUUUUCCUGCCUCCAUCUCCAUUGCAAACCCACACACUGUUUUGUGCUCUGCUCUCCAAGGCUGUCUUUUGAAGAUUCCCCCCAAAAAUCUCCUACAGAUGCUUACUAGGAUACAAAAGGAGAAAAUACACAUUAAUAUUGCCAUCUCUGUUGGAAGGGAUCCCAAGGGUUAUCUAGUCCAACCCCCGGCAAUGCAGGAAUCUCAGCUAAAGCAUCCAUGACAGAUGACCAUCUAACCUCUGCUUAAAAACCUCCAAGGAAGGAGAGUCCACAACCUCCCUAGGGAGACCGUUCCACUGUUGAAGGUCUCUUACUGUCAGAAAGUUCUUCCUGAUGUUUAGUCAGAAUCUCCUUUCUUGUAACUUGAAACCAUUGGUUUGAGUUCUGCCCUCCAGAGCAGGAGAAAACAAACUUGCUCCCUUUUCCAUGGGACAGCCCUUGAGAUAUAUGAAGAUGGCGGUCGUAUCUCAUUCUCCUCUUUUCCAGGCUAAAGAUACCCAUUUCCUUCAACCGCUCCUCAUAAGGCUUGGUUUCCAGACUCGUGAUCUUCUUGGUCACCCUCCUCUGCACACGUUCUAGCUUGUCAACACCCUUCCUAAAUUGUGGCGCCCGGAAUUGAACACAGUAUUCCAGGUGUCGUCUGACCAGGCAGAACAGAGUGUGACUAUUAUUUCCCUUGAUCUGGACGCUAUACUUCUGUUGAUGCAGCCUAGAAUAACAUUAGCUUUUUUUGCUGCUGCAUCACACUGUUGACUCAUGUUAAGUUUGUGGUCCACUAAGACGCCUAGAUCCUUUUCACAUGUACUACUAGUAAGCCAGGUGUCCCCAAUCAUCUUAUAUUUGUGCAUCUGGUUCUUCCCGCGUAAGUGCAGAACCUGACAUUUGUCCCUGUUGAAAUCAAUUUUGUUAGCUUGGGCCCAGUUCUCCAAUCUGUUCAGGUCAUUUUGAAUUACGAUUCUGUCUUCUGCGGCAUUCGUUACCCCUCCCAAUUUGGUGUCAUCUACACAUUCGAUGGGACACGGGUGGCGCUGUGGGUUAAACCACAGAGCUGAGAACUUGCUGAUCAGAAGGUCGGCGGUUCGAAUCCCCGCAACGGGGUGAGCUCCCGUUGCUCGGGAGUGCAAGUAGAUAAAUAAGUGCAAGUAGAUAAAUAAGUACCGCUCCAGUGGGAAGGUAAACGGCGUUUCCGUGCGCUGAUAUAUCUGAAUCAAUACAACCCUCUGCAUUUGGGGCUUCCCUCGAGGGUGUGUCUAUGGGUGCUAUCACAAAAGUGUGAAAGUUUGAAAGAGAUGGUAACAUGACCGCUCUCUUGAGCUUUCUGAAAUGAAAUUUCAGAAAUCUGCCUGAUAAAAAGGUAAAGGGUCCCCAGACCAUUAGGUCCAAUCGUGACCGACUCUGGGGUUGCGGUGCUCAUCUUGCUUUACUGGCUGAGGGAGCCGGCGUACAGCUUUCGGGUCAUGUGGCCAGCAUGACUAAGCCGCUUCUGGCAAACCAGAGCAGUGCACAGAAACGCCGUUUACCUUCCUGCCGGAGUGGUACCUAUGUAUCUACUUGCACUUUGACGUGCUUUCGAACUGCUAGGUGGGCAGGAGCAGGGACCGAGCAACGGGAGCUCACCCCGUUGCCGGGAUUCGAACCGCCGACCUUUUGAUUGGCAAGCCCUAGGCUCUGUGGUUUAACCCACAGCGCCACCCGUGUCUGAAAUGAAAUUUCAGAAAUCUGCCUAAUAGCUAGUGUUAAAUUCGAACUUCAGCUUAGUCCCUGUGCCUCUGGUGGGGUGGGAGGACAAAAAUGCAAAAAACCAAAAACCUCCAGUGCCUUUUUUUUUUUAAGCGUUUUGCCUUACUAAUGAAAUGUAUGUUGAAGCUGCUCCCAGUUUGACCCUUUUGUUUUUACUGUUUUCGUAGAAUAAUAGAAUUGUAGAGUUGGAAGGGACUGUGAGGGUCAUCUAGCCCAACGCCUUGCAAUGCAGGAAUCUUCUUUGCCCAGCGUGGGACUCGAACCCACAACCUUGACUUUAAGAGUCGUAUGCUGUACGGACUGAGCUAUCCACUAUCUGCUAUUGUCCUGUGAGUUUUCCCUUCCUAGGCAUUGGGUGGGGUGGGGGGAGGAAGAAAUAAACUUGCAUGUCUGAAAAGUUUGUCCCAUUUAACCUCUUUUUCUUUUCCUUUAUUUCUUUCUUUAUACCGCCCCCCCUUUCUCUUCAUGCUUAUAUUGUAUUUAGGACAAAGUUUUAGUUUGUACAAAAAAAAGAGGAAAAUAUAUUUAAUAUUAACUUUUGUAAUUCUCUCUAUAAACCCUAAUAAAAUGUAUUCAAUUUUUGUGUGUGUGUGUGAAAAGUUUGCCACAGGGCCCACAGCACUGAGACUAACCCCAUUGGUUUGUAAAUAUUUAUUUACAGUGGUACCUCGGGUUAAGUACUUAAUUCGUUCCAGAGGUCUGUUCUUAAUCUGAAACUGUUCUUAACCUGAAGCACCACUUUAGCUCAUGGGGCCUCCUGCUGCCACUGCGCCGCCGGAGCACGAUUUCUGUUCUCAUCCUGAAACAAAGUUUUUAACCUGAAGCACUAUUUCUGGGUUAGCGGAGUCUGAAGCGUAUGUAACCUGAAGCGUAUGUAACCCGAAGCGUAUGUAACCCGAGGUACCACUGUACUUGCCUUUAGUGCCCAAGAUGAAGGGCAAGUUGUACGGAAGCCAAGCAGACCAGCAGUUGACAGAAUAGAAUCCUCAAUCGUGCCUGAAAGCAAGGAAAGUCAUAAGGCACACACUAUUCUGUCUCCUGACAUUUCCCACUGCUGCCUACUUUGCAGUAUCCGCUGCCUGAGGCGUCUGGCUCCCUCCAAGCGGAGGCAGCUGGGGGCCAGUCUUGUUCACAGCCCUCCUUCCUUUCACCAGGGCACCCAACCGGCGCUCGCGCUCGCACACCGUCACCACCACCGCCAGCAGCUCCUUCACGGCCAACUGGUCGUCCGCUUCCAGCACGCUCGCCUACGACCGAGAGUUCCUCCGGACGCUGCCCGGGAUCCUCAUGGUGGCCGAGAUUGGCUGCCUUCAGAUGUCUUCUGAAAGUCAGAUAGUUGGACUCCCGGGCUCCCAGGACUGCUGCCGCCAGCACUGCCAGCGGAGAGGAAUCGGGGGUGCCCGGGGCCUCUAUCAAAGGAGCCAAAACACCCCCCCACGACCUUGAUUGAGCCGGAAAGGCACCCGACCACCCCCAACAGCCGAGAGGAGCUCCAAAACCAGGAGGACAGUGGAGCUAACGCAAAGAGGGAGAAAGAAAGGGGAGAGAGGAAGAAAAAGAAGAAAAAGCAAAGGAGCCCCAACUUUACCGCUGCUGCCCCCCAUCUCUGCCGACGGGAAAGAAGAGGAGAGGUAGGGAAGGCAAAGAGGCUCCGAAACAACACGUGGCUGAUCCGACCGGAGCUCCAGCGGCACGGAACACAGGACAGCCGCACAACCAAGGCCAGCGCAGACCGGCAGAAACGACCCCCUUCAUUUUUCCUUCUUUUUUUUUUGUUUGUUUGUUUGUUUGUUUGUUUUGUUAAUCCUUUUCUUUUUAACCCCUUCCCCCCCUUUUUGCUCUCCUCUCUCUCCACCCUUCCUUAUUUUUUUCCUAUUAUCCCACCCUUCCAUCCCCAACAUUGUUUUCUAUCCCCUUUAUUUUUUAAAAUCAACCCCCCCCCGUUUAGCCUGUUUGUCAGUUUGUUUCUGAGGGGGGAGCCCUUUCUCCCCACCCACUCUUGUAAAAUAAGACUUUUUCCCCAUACCAUUGCCACAGCUCACCCUCCCUCCCUCACCCCUCUUUUCUUCUCCUUCCUUUCCCCACCCUUCCCCCUCCUCCUCUCCUUUUCUCUCCCUCCUCCCUCUCUCCAUCCCCCCUUCCCCUAAAGGAAACACACACACACAUCCAUAUCACCAUAUCAUACUUUGACCCCCACAUACUAUAGCUAAAACUACUGCUGCAAUCUAAUACAGCUGAUAUUACUGUACUAUCUCUCCUCUCUCUGUCAACUCUAUUUGUGUCUCUCUCUCUCUCUCUUCUCUUUUACUCCAAUCUCCCCUCUCCCCCCACCUCCCCCUUCUUCUUUCUUUCUUCUUCUUCCCUUUUUCUCCCUCCACCCUUUACAUAGAGCCUAUUUGUCUGUCUCUGUUUCUGAGCGCACUCCCAACCCCAACUCCCACCUUAGCUGGACCCCAGUACCCCUUUUGGGUAUAUACAACCCCCUCCUAAACACAUAUUUCCCCUGGCCCCACCCCUCUAAUCUUUUGCAUCUCUACCUGCUAACCACCCCCUUUAUAUGAACUGUCUGCCCGUUAGUCUACCCAUCUCUGCUUACCUGCGCCCCGCUUUGGCGGCACCGCUGAGGCAACUACAGAAACCCUAGAGAAGUUCUCAAAACACAGGCUAGAAGUGACACAAAUGACCACCUAAUUCAAACGCUCUGUUUAAGCCACCAAGAAAGAACGCCUGAUCAGCUCAGCAACCCAACAAUACCCAGGAAUCACCACUGCCACAACUCCUAACCACCACACGCCCUACUCCAAGAGGACGCCAAGCCAACCUCAAACCAAAACCAUCAGGGAGACUGAGAUGACACCAACCAGGGAGAUGACAAACAAUGCUAAGACGGUAACUCCCCUUCAAGAUGAUGACCACCCAAUAACGAAACGAGAUUUGAGGGAAAUGGAAGCAAGAUUAGAAGCACGAUUAGAAGAAACACUGAAGGCCACAAUGGCUCCCAUGCAGGUACUAAUCAACAACCUAACCUCCAAAGUGGAAGCUCUAGAGAACAAGAACCAAAUGCAAGAAAGAAUAAUAGAGCAAUACCGGGAGGAGAACGCACGUGUGAACAAGAAACUGGACGAACUGGUAAACCAAAUUGAAGCAGAACACAGAGAGAUGAAAAUUAAGCAAGCCGACCUUGAAGACCGCAAUAGACGUUGUAACAUCCGCUUCCGCAACUUUCCUGAAAAAACAGAGGAGAAAAGCCCAGCAGACCUAAUUAUACGCUGGCUGAAAAACACAAUCCCAAGCCUGAAACUUGAGGCAGAUGACUUGGAGAGGGCUCACAGAGCCCUAAAACCUAUGCCAAAACCCAGCGCCCCCCCAAGAGACAUCAUUGUAUGCUUCACACGCUACAAAAAGAAGGAAGAGGUAUGGUACCACCUCAGAAACUCAACCAACCUUCGAUAUGGAGAAAUCCCCAUACUGGCCUUACAGGACUUAUCUCAGGAUACCCUAAACCGAAGGAAAAGCUUGCGCCCAUGCACCCAGCGUCUCCAACAAGCAGGGAUCAAAUACCGAUGGGGCUUCCCCUUCCGCCUCAUUGUAACAACCAAUACAACACAACACAUGGCUACCAACAUACCUGAGGCCCUGCAACUACUAAAGAACCUUGAACUCGACCUCCCACCGGAAUGGCAACCGACAAACCCACCAAGUGACAGCCCCAACCAUGAGGAAACAACAGCAAACAACUGGACGACGGUACAGAAGAAAAAGAAACAGAAGCGGCACAACAGUGCAAACCAAUACAGAGAAGCAUCACGCUCAGAAUCGUCCCGCCGGCCAUAUGACACAAGAAACCAGACCAAGAUUAACCAAACCAACUCAUCGCAGAUGGACAACCCUACAACAACAACAACCCCAGCUGAAUGAAGCAACCAGGAAAAAACCACAAACUGAAGGACUGGUGAUUCCCCCCUGUCCCCCUCCCUCCCCCAAAACCCAUCGAUGCCGUGAACACCAUCAACAUCCUCCCCCACCCCCGCACCCCCCCAGAAAUCCCCGCCCCAACACCAGUCCAGACGACCUCAACCACAUUCCACAUCACCCACACCUUCAACAUCCCCAUACCCCAUACUAAGAAAAAACAACUCCAACCUUAAUAACACAACCCACAGUCAGGCUAAAAUCUGAUACCCAACCAGCACUAUGGUGGCACCAGAGCGUACCAGCACCCACAUCCCCACCCCAACACACCAACAAUGUUGCUCAUAACAUUGGCAACAUUGCUUACGAACCUUAUACCUGACAGCGACGUUACAAAGUCACUUCACACUGUCUCACUGAUACCCCCAUCGCAAACAACAGGGGGGAUGGCCUGUCCUUGAACACGGCCUUCCACACCAGCUGAGACCUAGGACCAACCGGCUAAAUGCCAGAUGGCCUAAAAUACCCCAAACAAACACCUAUAUGACUACAUAUAGGAAACUCUCUACAACUUACCCCCUACUCUUUAACCCAAAUCUUACUCUAAUCCCAUUAGCCCCCCACCCCCCACACCCAAGGUCAGCGCAACCCCACAGGUACAUUAAACAACACGAAGAGAGAGAUACAAGACAACCCAAACGGGUUGGCAGGGAAAAGCCCCACAAAAUAGAUAAGCAAGAUGGCUAACCUAAAAGCAAUUACAUUAAACGUGAGGGGGCUGGGAAACCCCAUCAAAAGAAAACGCAUCACCUCAUACAUAAACACCAUGAAACCACACAUCACCUUCCUACAAGAAAUACACAACCCACCCAAAGGCAGCAAACUCCUGAGCGACCCCCGCUUCAGUCAACAGUGGGUCGCACGAGGCUCAGGGAAAGCUCGUGGUGUAGCCAUAAUACUCAGUAGAGACCUGAACUUCACUGCCACAACAGUCCUCAAGGACAAAAAGGCAGAUUCAUUUUCGCUAAAGGGACACUAGAUGGCAAAAUCAAACUGACAAUUGGCUCCAUAUAUGCCCCAAACACGAAACAAUUAGAAUUCUUCCAGAAGACACUAAACAAAUUCCUCUCCUUCUCUGAUGGGAAGCAAUCCUAGGAGGGGACCUCAAUCUAAAUAUGAAAGGCAUAGCCCUGAAAGAUAUCCACCCUACAACCCCAUGGGCAACCUUCCUCCGAAGGAAACCCCCAACAACUAGGAACCCUUACAAGUUACUAAAAAUGCUAAAAAGCAGGGGUCUCUACGACAUUUGGGGUGAGCAAAACCCGGGAGACAUCAGCCAUACAUUCCAAUCGGGACGCCAUGAUACAGUAUCCAGACUGGACAGCAUUCUACUCACACAGGGUCUGAUCCCUCAGUGGAAUCAACAAACAUAGGUAACAUUAAAAUCACAGAUCACGCCCCAGUAGAAGUCAUCGUUAAAAUAGGAGAAGGAACACAAACCACCCCAUCAUGGUCCUUCAGUCCCAUCCUAACUACAAACAAACAAAUUAGAGAGAGUCUCACAAAAACCCUCCAAAACUACUUCAAGGAAAACGAUGUAAACAAUAUAACAACCCCCCUCCUAUGGGACGCAAUGAAAGCGGUCACCAGAGGAGCUUGCAUAAAAGAGAAAACAUUCCUUAAAAACCAGGGCACCCAACCAGACCCAGUCCUGCUUAGCUAACACUGCAAGGGACUGGACGCAGAUAGCUUUAUGAAUUGCGGCUUCUACGAGGUGUGAAUGAACUUGCUGUUCCUGUUUGCCUUCCCCUCCCAAUCAGGUUAUUAAGAACCUCACCUAGUCAUGAGGAAAAACUGCUUGCGGUGGCAGAUGGCACCCGAGAUAAUUGUGGUUACAGGAAUGAAGAAACAAAUGUGUGUGCAUUUGGGUGGAUAGUGGAACCUAAAUAUUAGUAGAAUUGUGUGCCAGUUCUGGAAGUGUGUGUACCUUAUUAAGAGGAGUCUCUGUUGUAUUGUGGCCAGAAUGUGAUUUAUGGGCUUCCUCCUUUCUGCUUUCCAUUAGAUGCUUUUGAAAAUAAACACCUGAGGUUUCUCCAUGGAAAUAAGUUGGGCUUUUUUGGGGUUGUUGUUUUUUUAAUUUAGAUUUUCAGAUUUACAAACAAUCAUCAAGCAAACAAAUAAAACCAUUUCCACAAGUUCCCUUGGACUUCCCUCCUCCCUGUCUGUGGGUAAUUUUGUUAACUUUUUCUCCCGCAUCUUCUCUGUCAAUCCAAUUCUAUUAAAUCUCCAAUAAAACCACAGUCCAACUUUUAACUACAAGCGUCAUUCCAAUCCUACUAAUAACCUUAAUUGUUUAUAUAUAUAUUUCUUUCCCAUUCCUUAUUAAAAUUUUGGUCUUCCUGAUUCCUAAUCCCUCCGAUCAGUUUUGCCAUUUCCACAUAGUCCAUCAGUUUAAUCUGCCAUUCUUCUCUGGUAGGUGUGGUGGCUUACAACAUAGUGAAUGUGCUAUAGUUGUGGCUUUGGAAAGAAAGGCAAGGUGUAACUAUUUUAAAGAAAUGAGGUUCAUGGGAAAUUUGGGAUGAAGCGGGCAAGGCUUAGAAAUUUGCAUAAUUUACCAUCUUGCUGAAACUAUUACUUGUCGAUGUCUGAUAGCAGAAUUCUGGGAAUAUUUUCAAGGAAGCACUUUACAGCGUUGAUGAAAGCAUUUUUAAUGUUUCAACUGGGAAGCACUAAAUGCAUGUUCAGAGGCUAUUCUGAAAUAAGCAAAAGUGAGACUUGCAUAGAUUUCAAACUGUAUGUAAAUGUAAUAUAGCACCUUACCAAAUUGCACCUUGUCAGACUUCUCAGAUUUAUACUUGCAAGCCAUCCUGCAUUGGUUCAUCAGGACUACUUUUGCUGGUGCAGCAGAUAAUAUUCUGUAACGUCUCUGAUGCAUUUGCAACUUUCCAGUCUCUCUUUCUCAUUCCUGCUGGAAGAUCAGGAACUUUGCCAUUAGUCUUCCUCCAUGUAAGGCACUCCCAACUGUACAUGAAGCAGGUUGCUGCAUCCAGGGUUUUUUUCUGAUACAUGCAGUAAAUUCAUUGCAGUGAUAAUUUUUGUUCGUGUAGAAAUCAAAUUGCAAUGUAUUCAAGUUCUGUACCUUCAGAUUUCCCUCAUAUAGGCAUAUCGGUGUUUUCAGGGCCAGAUUUAGGUUUGAUAAGGCCCUAAGCUACUGAAGGUAAUGGGGCCCUUUAUAUGUCCAGCUGUCAUUUGUCAACAACACUGUCGCUGUUUUUUGUGUUGAAUAUAAGCUAUAUGGUAAUUUUGAGGGGUGCAGGUGGCGCUGUGGGUUAAACCACAGAGCCUAGGGCUUGCUGAUCAGAGGCUCGGCGGUUCGAAUCCCUACAACGGGGUGAGCUCCCGUUGCACGGUCCCUGCUCCUGCCAACCUAGCAGUUCGAAAGCACAUCAAAGUGCAAGUAGAUAAAUAGGUACCGCUCCAGCGGGAAGGUAAACGGCGUUUCCGUGCGCUGCUCUGGUUCGCCAGAAGCGGCUUAGUCAUGCUGGCCACAUGACCCGGAAGCUGUACACCGGCUCCCUCGGCCAAUAAAGCGAGAUGAGCGCCGCAACCCCAGAGUCGGUGACGACUGGACCUAAUGGUCAGGGGUCCCUUUACCUUUACUUAUGUGGUAACUUAUGGACCUAAUAGGUAUCUAAAGCCAUUUGCACAUAACAAAAAUGUAUUUUAUCAAAGUAAUUGUUGAACUGAAAUACAAUUAAGAAAAAGUAUAUUACUAGUGAAAUACAAUUAAGAAGAAGUAUAUCAACAGUGAAAUAAUUAUUAAGUUCUAACUUAAAAUGGUUGGGGGCCCAUUACUUACAUCAUAGGAGCCUACACAGCACAAAACACUGUUGCUGUAUGUAGGUUUUAUUUUAUUUGUUUUUUAUCUUAUAUUUUAGAAAUGUACAUUCAGUUUGUUUUUUUCCUUUAAUUUUUUUGGAAUGGGUGGGUCCCUAAGCUAUAGCUUGUUUAGUUUAUACGUAAAUCCGGCACUGGUUGUUUUGCAUUCCAAGACUAUCAUUCUUUUAGGACUCACAUUUUCUUGUGAUUCAAGCUGAGAUGCCCAAAUUAGUAAUAUUUCAGUUUCCAGAAGUGUCAAGAUGCUGUCAAUUGUCGUUGCCAAACAAAACAUUACUGGUGCAAUACCCAGUAACUGUGCGUGCAAAGAUUGUAAUCUUGUACCUUUCUUUUCCUAUUGAUUCUUGCCAGGAAUCAUAGUCAGGAAGACUGCUGUCACCCAGGCAUAUAGUCCCAGCCUACAAAAGGAGCGUCUUUAACACCCCCAGGGGCUAAGCUUAUCAGGACAGGAGCUGGGAAUGUCCUGGAUUUCACUAGGGCAUGGAAUCUCCUGCCAAAAUUCCAGGAAUAAAUUUUCAGGCCCAUAGACCUCUCAGUCUAUGAGAAAGUACAGAUCGUCACGGAUCUUUCUAGAAUCUUAGAAGUGCUGUACAUUAUAUUCUUAAUGGCCUGGAACUUGUACUAUCUGUCUGUGGUAGAAAGGUCUUUCGAAGAUCACCCUAGGAAGUGUGAUAUGAGCUGCUUAGAGCAUUGCUCAGUGCAGUAAUAAUUUUUGUGCUAUGUGAUUCUUUGUGAGCCUUGCUGGAAUAUAUGUGUUGCAAUUGUAAUCAUAUUUUGUCUAGUCUGUUGUAAUAAUACUUUGUCUAUUGCCUUGUAACUUCUUAUCGGAUGAGGUUGUUACGGUUGUGACCUUCAGCAUUUUUGGGGGUUGUUAUAUAGAGACAUCACCUUGCCAACAAAAGUAGAGACAUCACCUUGCCAACAAAGGUCCGUAUAGUAAAAGCUAUGGUUUUCCCAGUAGUGAUGUAUGGAAGUGAGAGCUGGACCAUAAAGAAGGCUGAUUGCCGAAGAAUUGAUUCUUUUGAAUUAUGGUGCUGGAGGAGACUCUUGAGAGUCCCAUGGACUGCAAGAAGAUCAAACCACUCCAUUCUUAAGGAAAUCAGCCCUGAGUGCUCACUGGAGGAACAGAUCCUGAAGCUGAGGCUCCAAUACUUUGGCCACCUCAUGAGAAGAGAAGACUCCCUGGAAAAGACCCUGAUGUUGGGAAAGAUGGAGGGCACAAGGAGAAGGGGACGACAGAGGAUGAGAUGGUUGGAUAGUGUUCUCGAAGCUACCAGCAUGAGUUUGACCAAACUGCGGGAGGCAGUGGAAGACAGGAGUGCCUGGCGUGCUCUGGUCCAUGGGGUCACGAAGAGUCGGACACGACUAAACGACUAAACAACAACAGCCAAGACCAAGAUAACACCGCCCGCCCCCGCCCCCCGCAUUGGAUGGAACUUAAGAGCAAACAUAGACUUGAACCCGCCACAGUUAAAAGGGGGAGGGUGGACCACAUUGUUUUAUUAAUCUGUUCCAAUAUUUCUUGGUCGGUGGCUUUUGAGAUGCAAUUCACGCCAUUCGUGUGAAUUCAGCGGCCACUUGUAAUGCUCUGCUGCCACCUUCUGGCCAAAUAUAUAUUGCAUGGCCACCCUCUGAGCAGAUGCACCCCUCACUGGGUUGUUGUUCAUGGGUGUAGCCUGGAUUUUUUGUUGGGAGGGGCAGGCUUUUGUUAGGGAGCAGCAGAACCUCGGAUUUGCAUUGAGCUGUAUUGAUUUGUAUUGACUGGAAGGACAGCUGCCCCCCUUUCCCCCUUGGCUAUGUCCAUGUUGUUGUUGGCAUCCGUCUGCCUCAAGAGACAAUGGAGUGCGCCUCCAGGGGUGAAGUAAAACUGUUGUGUUGCCAGCACUGAAGCAAUCUCCCCAAGGCACAGGCCUGGGCAGUGUGUCUGGAGGUUCUGGGCUGCCUAGAUAACAAGACCCCACCGCCUUGGCCUCACUGAUGUGGUCCAAAGGAAAGCAGAGCAAUAUGUUUGGCUAGCUCUGCCUUCGAGGAGCUAGGAGCCUUGGAGCGGGGGGAGAUCCCCACUGAUGUCCAUAGGGACUACCCCGCCUGCACAAAGUCUCCUAGCUGUGGGGAAUAGUAGUGGGAGGGUCUCCCUUGCCAACAUGGCCUUCUCAGUAAGAGAGAUGUGGGUGGCGCUGUGGUCUAAACAACUGAGCCUCUUGGGCUUGCCGAUCGGAAGGUCAGCGGUUCGAAUCCCCGUGAUGGGGCGAGCUCCCGUUGCUCUGUCCCAGCUUCUGCCAACCUAGCAGUUCGAAAACGCACCAGUGCAAGUAGAUAAAUAGGUACCACUGUGGCGGGAAGGUAAACGGCACUUCCGUGUGCUCUGGCACUUGUCACAGUCAUCUGUGCACCAGUAGCAAUUUAGUCAUGCUGGUCACAUGACCCGGAAAACUGUCUUUUUUACCUCCUCAGUAAGAACUGGGUUUGUGCCUUGUGCACACAUCAAGUUCCUUGUUCCAGAGCCACACUGCUCUGCCACACACCGAUAUGAACCUGGAGGUACACCCCCCCCUCCCCGGAACAAAAAUGGAAAAGAGGAAAGUUUCGGGAUUCAGGCCCAAGGACAGGAAAAUAGGUUAGGGAAGACAGCCAAGUGGCAGGCAGACGUCCAUCAGGCAGGAGGCGGGUAAUUCGAGUAACCGAAGGGGAAAUGCGGCAAUAUCCCCUAAAAUGCCAAGUUUGCCCAGAAUGAGGGGGUACAGCAGACUGAAAACUUUAUGGCAGGCAGUGACUUUCUGAUAUGUCUGCUGACUCUAACCCAAGAACAUUUUGGAGCCGUGUUGAGAAUAUCCUGAUUUGACACACGUCACUGUUCACUUCCCCAGUUGGAGCUGGAUAUGCUGGACUCCCGAUUUGAAUUCAUAGUGGCAGGUGGGGAGCCUUAGCGAAGGGACACUUGCACAAAAGUGAGCACUUUGCACAGGUAAUAAAAACAGACAACGGGAUCCUCUAGAGAAGAAUGGAAGGCAGUUCCCUAAGCACUUAGACGGCAACCGGGAACCUCAGAUCUGCGCCUGCGGCAGGAGUGAAGGGUACAAGAACAAAACAACCCAUACAGGUGAGCAAAGGAGAAGGGAUACCCGGCGCCUGAUGCCUCUAAUCUUCCUUCCUCCAUCCAUGACACAUUCCCAAAGCAGGAACGCUGAAACACCAAUGGCCGCAAACCAUUGAAUAAACACAUUGGGUCAACUUCUCUCCCUCCCUCUCUCUCUCUCUCUCUCUCUCUCUCUCUCUCUUUCUCUCUCAUAUGGGUUUAUUCAUCCAAUACUGGUGAGAUGCUCAGCUCUGUCCUGUCCUCCUUUGCAGGAGGACAAGCAGAGGGCAGAAAAGAGAUCCAUUAG